AUGGAGCCAGGAGUCCCUGCCGGUGACCCCACCGCUGGUGAGACAGCUGCCUGUGGCCCCGCCUCUGGUGACCCCCCUGCUGGUUGGAACCCACUCUUGCUCCUGAAGGCACUGCAGGCACAGUGGCCCACAAAAGCACUGCAGCAGCUCCGGGAGGAAGCCUGGCGGGGCUUUGCUGCCCUGGACGACCCGCUCACUGGACUCCUGGACAUGCUGGAGAGUGGCCUGCCUAGCAAGGGGCAGGGCCACUCACUGCUGGCCUGGCUCGCCUGUGAGCUGCAACGCUGGCUACAGGCGCAGCCGCGAUACCCUGGGCCAGCCCCCGGCAGCCCACAGCUGGAGCAGCUGCAGGCCCGUCUGGCUGGGCUCCUCACUGGGAGCCCGCUCAGCCUCACCGAGCCGCUGGUCAGCAUCUUCCGGCUGCAGGACGCCGACCGGGGUCUUCUGCUGGGCCAUAUCGACCGCCUCCACAACAGGGGCAAGUUCAAAGAGGCCAUCCUGCUGAGCAUGAAACUUAAACUACAGUCAGAGCUUGACAUUGAAAAGAUGAGCACCCCGCUGCUGCUCCAACACAGAGUGAACCUGCUGGAGCGCUAUGUGGAUGGCUUCCCGGACCUACAGCAGGGGCUGCUGAGCCUCAUGGACUCCUGGUGCCAGCCCGGCUUUGACCUUAGACAGGUCGCCAGUAGGUUUCCGCAGAUGACGGCUGCCAGGCUGGAGAAUCUGAGUCCGAAACUGCUCAGCCGACAGGUGCUGCGCCUUGUGCAACAGUAUGGCAUGGACCCAGCCCUGUUCCCCAAUGUCAUCAACCAGCAAUACCUGGGGACUCUGCAGUUCCUCUGCUACAAACGGUUUGUGGAGGGAAGCCUGUCUCAGGAGAACUGGGCUGACCACGUGCAGGGCCUGGUGGGGCAGAAUGAGUGGCUGCAGGACCAGCUGCUCCAGCUGCUGACCUCGCAUGGUGACGCGGCCAUGGCUGCCCGGUGUGUCCGGGACCUCUCACUGCCUGAGGGGCGGCUGCCGGCUUCCGUGGCCGCAGAGCUGACCACGCUUCGGCUCCAGGAGAGGAUGGCCCUGGCUGGUGGCAGGCCAGAGGAGCCCAGCAGCCGGGACGGGAGCAGUUACUACCGGCUGCCUGUCACCAGGGAGCACAUCCACUUCUUGGCCACGUGCGAGGACCUGACCCGGCACAGGCCCCAGCUCCUGCAGCCUGGUGGGGUGGUCGGUGUGGACCUGGAGUGGAGGCCUUUGUUCCAGGCAGCUGCCCGGCCCUGCGCCUCCCUAGUGCAGCUGGCGGUGGAGGGCUGCGUGCUGUUGCUGGACGUGCCUGGACUCGCUCAGCCGCCAGGGGGACAGGGCGCACAGGCCUUGUCUCAGUUCCUGGGCCAGCUCCUCUCGGACCCCUCCAUCACCAAACUGGGUUACGGGAUGUCAGGAGACCUGCGGAGUCUGGGCACCUCCUGCCCCACCCUUGCCAAUGUUGGGCAGCAGAUUCGGGGAGCCCUGGACCUGCAGUGGGUGCACAGGCAGAUGCGCGAGGGAGCCACCCCGAGUCCAGGUGUGGACACAGCAGAGGCCCCUCGGGGCCUGAGUCUGCUGGUGCAGCAGGUGCUGGGCAAGCCUCUAGACAAGGCCCAGCAGCUCUCCAACUGGGACCUGCGGCCCCUGCGCGAGGAGCAGCUGGUCUAUGCAGCCACAGACGCCUACUGCCUGCUGGACGUGUACAAGGUGCUGUGUGGAGACCCUGCCCGCUUUCACCUGUCUGAGAACCUGGCCAAGAGCCUGGGGGCCAGGUGCAGCAUGAGAUCAGGGGCCCAGGGGCCACGCCAGCAGCCUGGUUGCCAGGAGGAGGCCAGGAGGCUGAUAAGUGAGGGGUGGGCUGUGUUGCAGGCUUCUGCGUUGGCGACGGAGGAGUUGGCCCCUGAGGUCUCGGCUAGGAACUUCCGUGUGGUGUGUGACAACAUGCUGCAGGGGCUGGCACGGAGCUUGCGUUGCCUGGGAGUGGACGUGCGUGUGCUGGGCGCCGGCGAGGACCACCGCAGAGCGGCUGAGGUCGCCAGACAGGAGGGGAGGAUUAUCCUGACGUCCGGGCUACCAUAUCACAAGCUCCGGGCCCAGGUCGGCGCUGGGCGUUGCCUGUCUGUGGACUGCGCCCUCAAGGCCCGGGAACAGGCACUCAAUGUGCUCAGGCACUUCAACGUGCGUGUCACCUUCGCUGACGUCUUCAGCCGCUGCCAGGUGUGUAACUGUGACCAGUACCUGAAGGUUUCCAAGGACAUGAUGAGACACCUCCUACGGCUUGGCGGCUACCAUGAAGGCCCCCGCAGCACAGGUGACGAGGCCACCCCAAGCGAGGACGGGCAAGGCACAGGUUCAGCAGCGGAACUGGCUCCUGGAAACCGAGUCUAUGACCUGCCCUGCCGCUGGCUGGAGGCAUCGGAUCUGCAGAGCGUCACACCGGCCACACUGCAUAACGGCACAAGGCUGCAGCUGGCGGGGGUCCCGGCAGGCGUGCUGUGGCGCCCGGGACAGUGGCCCUUCUACUGCUGCUUGGGCUGUGGCAAGAUCUUUUGGGAGGGCUCCCACCUGGGCCGCCUGACUGCACAGUUCCGUGAGAUCCUGAGGGCCCCACCACCUGGUUUCUGUGAGCCCCCAGGCUCUGCAGGACAGGACAGCCUCCCGGUGCCCCUCAGCCAGCCCCAUCCUGGGCCUUGCAACCCCGAGGAGCGGCAGUGGACCAGGAGGAAGAGGCCUGGGCGCUGGCGCCCUCCCGCCCAGCUGCAUCCUGAGGCCCUGCUCUGGCCCUGGACAGGCGGGACAGCCGAGGAGGACGGGCGCCUGGCUGCAGGAGCUGGCGGCCUCUUCUCCGCUGCAGGCCGUGGGCCUCCAGCUGGGCUGCCCUGGACCCUGGACCGGAGCAGCGUGCUGUGUGCCCAGCUCCGGCGGCCGGCUGCAGUGGGCUCCGGCCGCCCCAGCAGCCGCCUCUGUGGCAAUUGUCUGCCGCAGUUCCUGCCGCCGGGCGUCCUUCCUCCUCGGCCGCUGGCCUUGUUAUUGAUGUCUACCCUCUCCCGGCCCUUCCACCACCAGUGUGGGGACAACCCUGGGAGGGGGGGUGGUCUGAGCAGAACGGGCUGGACCGGGGCUGGGAAGACCGAGAUUGAGCUCUUCCCGGGCGGCAUGAACGGCCUGGUCACCAGGAAGCCGGGGGGCCCCCAGGGGCAGCAGCAUGGCCCCCUGGAGUCAGCAGGGUCAGGCACCAGGGCUGCCGGCCGGAGGCGGCCACUUCCGAUGGAAUGCGAGUCCCGGCGUGUUGCGCUCGCCCUGCCUCCCGCGGCUGAGAGGUCCUUCCUCCCAGCAACCACAGAGGAGCUAUAA